AUGUUACCUCAACGAAUGACGCUUAUGCAGUUACGUAUGUCGACCACCAGUAAUGCAUGUUGUAAAAAGCGAAUUAACCCACUCGGAAAACGACAUACUGCAAGCGACCAAAGCAUACAUUCCAUAAAAAUAGCUCAAUUGAGCUCUAAAACUUCGAAGA